AUGAACGGUGUGCCUCCCGAGAUCAUUCAGCGUGCAGAAAACCUCAUCUUCCUUUCCGUUCGAGGUGAAGACCUGGUAGCUGCAUGCUGCCAGAUGCCAGAGGAUGAGGCUGCGGAACUCGAGGAAGCGGAGCAAAUCGCGAGAGACUUCCUUGGAGCCGACGUCUACCGCGACCCGAAGAAUACGCUAGCAGACAUACUCACAGUAUCUACAACUACUGAUUCGCGCAGCUAG